GGCCGAAUAUAACGGUGGUGUUGCGUCGGAGGCAGUCAGGGGGCAGUCCAUGUGUUUCCGGUAGUUGGGUGGUUUCUGAUCUCAGCUCUUCUGUCAAAAUGCAGGACCCAAAUGAGGACACUGAGUGGAACGACAUCCUUCGGCGCAAGGGGGUCCUCCCUCCCAAGGAGAUCAUCAAGGAUGAGGAGGAGGAGGCGGCGCUGGCCCGAGAGCAGCAGUCCAUCGUGAAGACCUACGAGAGCAUGAGUCUGCAGGAGCUGGAGGAGAAUGAAGACGAGUUCAGUGAUGAAGACGAAUCAGCUAUGGAGAUGUACCGACAGAAGCGUCUGGCGGAGUGGAAGGCCACACAGCUGAAGAACGUGUUCGGAUCACUGGAGGAGAUCUCGGGUCAGGACUACGUCAAGGAGGUGAACCAGGCUGGAGAGGGCAUCUGGGUGGUGCUGCACCUCUACAAACAGGGCAUACCUCUGUGCACACUGAUCAAUCAGCACCUGGCGGAGCUGGCCAGGAAGUUCCCCCAGGCUAAAUUCCUCAAGUCCAUCUCCACCACCUGUAUCCCCAACUACCCCGACCGCAACCUGCCCACCGUGUUCGUCUACCACGAGGGGGAGAUGAAGGCUCAGUUCAUUGGCCCCCUCGUCUUCGGGGGCAUGAACCUCAAGGCUGACGAGCUCGAGUGGAGGUUAGCAGAGUCCGGCGCCAUCAAGACAGACCUGGAGGAGAACCCCAAGAAACAGAUCCAGGACCAUCUGAUGAGCUCCAUCAGGUCCUCACUGCCCACGGGCAGAGACAGCGAAUCGGACGACGACUAGUGUGAUCACAUUGGAGGAAGGCUAGUUGUGUGUUGAGAUUAACGUUAAAAACAUCAGUCUCUAGCAGUCUGCAUAUGAGGCGAUCUUACACACUGUGGCGGAGGGGGAAAUCAGACCUGUGACCUUCCAGUUGGGCUAGAUGCUCUGCUGUCCCUACUGUAGCCUACGCCACUCUGAAGUGUAGAAUACCAAUGUUAGUGAUUAUUAUUUUCAUCAUACUGUUACCCUAUUGCCAACACAUAGGAUCAUGGGAAGGUGAUGCCAUACUGCAAGAAGUUGUAGCCAAUUAGUUUCUUCUGUAACUUCCUCCCCAACAAACAUAAUCUACGAAGUCGUUGAACACGAACCCACUCCUUUUUAUUAUGUUUGAAAAUAUGUAUAUAAUCAUGUCAACAAUGUCAUACAUUUUAUACAUGUUGGAUUAAAAUGAGUUAAUCUUUGUUUAUUCUUCAGUGAUUCUGUGUUUA